AACAUUGCUAGACUAAUCUCUUCCCCUUCUGUCUUUUGGUACACUUCAUGAAUCGUUUGAUAUCCGCAUCUUAUCAGCAGUAAUCCACUGAAGCCACGAACUCUAAUCUCUUCCCAUUAUCAUUUUUUUUUUUUCACUUUUAACACAUUUUAUCUUUAUCUCCUUCUUCCCUUCAAGAGCUCAACCCCAUCUUCCUGCUCCAAUGUCUUCAAGCAAAACUCAAAAAAUAGCAUCAACACAGACAGAAUCCUUAGUGAACUACUUGGAAACUAAACCACACAAAAAAACACAUACCAUGUUGUCCUCUCCAAUCAUCUACUCCUUUUCACUCUUGCUUUCGUUUUCCCUCAUCUACCUCUUCUCCCCUCAAAUCCUUCCUCUCCAAAACCCUCAAAACCUCCCUUUAGAUGAACUUGAUGAUCUUGCUCUUUUCAAGAAAGCCCUUAGGCCUUGCACAACUACCUCCCACCUAUCCACUAAGAACCCCACUCCUAAAAUAGCCUUUCUUUUCCUUACAAACUCUGAUCUCUCUUUUGCUCCUCUAUGGGAGCGUUUUUUCGAGGGCUACAACAAUCUUUACAACAUCUAUGUGCAUGCAGAUCCAUUUAGUAAAGUCUCAAACCCAGAUGGGAUUUUCAAGGACCAGUUCAUUCCCGGCAAGAAAACAGAAAGGGGCACUCCUUCUUUAAUCUCUGCUGAAAAAAGACUUCUAGCUAGAGCCAUUCUCGAUGACCCUUUUAAUCUUUACUUUGCUCUUGUUUCUCAACACUGUGUCCCUCUCCAUUCAUUUCAAUACAUGUACAAUACCCUUUUUGGCCACAACAUUUUGGAAGCUUUCACAGCUCAAUCUCAUCAUAAAAGUUUCAUUGAAAUUCUCUCCCAAGAUCCGAACUUACCUGAUAGAUACAAUGCUAGAGGGGAGAACAUUAUGCUCCCAGAAAUUCCAUUUGAGAAAUUUAGGGUUGGGUCUCAGUUUUUUGUGCUUGCAAAAAGGCAUGCUUUUCUUGUACUCAAGGAUAGAAAGUUGUGGAGAAAGUUCAAGCUGCCUUGCUUGAAUAUAGAGUCCUGUUACCCUGAAGAACACUACUUUCCAACACUUUUAUCAAUGAAGGAUCCUACAGGAUGCAGUCAGUACACAUUAACAAAUGUUAAUUGGACUGAUUGCUUUGAUGCACACCCUCAUCUGUAUCAAGCAGAAGAGGUUUCACCAAAUUUGGUGCAUAGAUUGAGACUGUCUAAUUCAAGUUACUCUUAUUUUUUUGCAAGAAAAUUUGCUCCUGAUUGCUUGCAGCCAUUGAUGGAAAUUGCAGAUGAUGUGAUUUUCAAGGAUUGAAAAAAGAGUGAGCAAAGGUUUUGGCUAAAGGAACCUUUGAACUUUGUUCGGACAUUUGUGAAUGGAGUGGAGUGAAUGAGGAAGAAUUAUGUUGGUGUGAAGGGAAAAAGGCCCAGCCCAAUGUAAUCUGGUGAAGUUUUUUUUCAGAGUUGUUUGUACAGAGAAUGGAGUCGUAGUGUCUUGUUGUAUAUUGUAUAUAAUACUAAAACACUUCUACUUUUGUUUAUUUUUACAAAAGUGAAUGGAGUGUGAGGCCUUUAGAGCAUGAAGGGUGGAAGCAAAGGCUCGAUGCCUUUCUUUUCCUAAUGUAAAAGUUUGAGAUCUUCCAUUG